UCAUGAAGUCAGCAUCGGACUUGCUGUCUCAGGGCAAGAGGAGCAUGGUAUGUGGCGAGAUCCCGCAGGCUGUCGACUUGUACCAGGAGGCUGUCCAGCUGCUGGUCAAGUCUUGUGGGGAACUGUCCAGGGAUUGUGCAGAUGCUUACUUCAGCUGUGGUUCUGCCCUCCUGGAGCUGGGCCGCAUGGAGACUCAAGUGUUGGGUGUAGCUCUAGAAGGUGUCGAUGUUGAAGAAGAGAAAGAUGUGGAGAGCAGUGAGCAGUUUGAGAAACCUCCAGAAGAUGAUGGUGAAGAGCGGCACAAGCUACGAGAGGAUGUUUAUGAGGCCAUGGCUGAGGGAGAGAGGGAGGAAGAAUUGCACAAAUCUGUCAAAAACAAAUCUGGGGCAUCUAGUGUCACAAACUGUGAGACGUCUACAGAGAUAGCUGGCAUGGGUCCUGACCAGGCACAGAUUGUCCCAACAAAGAAACAGCUGACACAGACAGCUCAGGCAGGUAACGAUGGGGCACCGAUGGAUGAGACCACUGUGGAGCACUUAGUUACAGCCUCCAGUGAGGAGACAGUGGCAAAAGAAGGUAGUGCUUCAGCAGUAGAUAGGAAAUUAGAGAGUCAAGCUGAUGUAACAGAGCAACUGGGUUCCACUACUGCAGAGAGCAUAGAUCAACAGCCUGAUUGCAAACAACCAGAAGAGCUGGACAAAAGUGGACACCAGAAUACUGCUACAACAGCUGAUAGUCAGGUGACACCAGCACUGACUGCUGCAGGUCAGGAGGAAGAACAGAUGGACACUCGUCCGACGACCAUUAGUGAGCAGUCUACUGUUACAGGUGAUAGCGCAGGAGAGAAGGUCAGCCAGGAGAACAAGCCAGUGCUAGGAGACAGCAUCAGCCCCACAGAGAGUGAUGCCAGCAAGCAAGCUGGUCCUGGUGACCGCCCUGUUGGUGACCUGGAGCAGGAAACCUGUGCCGAGAAGAUUGUCACGGAGGCUGUAAAAGAGGCGUGCCAGAAACUAGCAGAUGAAGAGGCUCACAGCGGGGCGGCCUUGGCUGUUGAUGAUGAUACAGACAAGGCUGAUGCAGAUGUGGAGAUGGCAGAUGAGGAUGAUGAUGAUGCUGUGAAUGGAGCUGACGAUGAUGAUGGUGAAGAUGUCAAUGCUGAAACUGACAAUGAAGAAAAUAGAGAGGAAAAAGCAGAUGUAAGCAUUCAAAGAUUGUCACAAUGUCAUGAUGUCAUUAGCAAGAAUAAUUUGGAUGUCCCCAACUUCCAGCUAGCCUGGGAGUACCUGGAGCUGGCCAAGGUCAUCUUUCUCAAGUCUGAGUCGGUGGAGGAUCAGCUCAAGGCUGCGGACUGCCACAUCAAGUUGGGAGAGCUCAGCAUGGAAACAGAGCAAUACUCUACAGCUGCCGGUGAUCUAGAAGCUGCCUUAAAGAUUCAGCAGAAACAUCUGCCUGCUAAUGACCGACUGAUUGCAGAAACUCAUUAUCAGCUGGGACUGGCCUAUGGUUUUGGGGGAGAAUAUGAACAGUCCAUUCAGCAGUACACCACAGCCAUCAGUAUCCUCCAGUCCAAAAUUGAGUCACUCAGUCAGCUGGUCAAGGAGAAGGAGGUCAACGGUGAGGACAAAGAGAAUGCUGAAGUUGGUGAGCUGAAAAAGUACCAGGAUGAAAUCAGAGAGCUACAGGACUUGAUCCCUGAAAUAAACAAUAAGGUUGAGGACAUGAGGCUGGAGGCCAGGGAAGUGCAGCAGGUGAAACAGAUGGCACAGGAGGCCAUGGGCUUCCCACUUGUUACACAG